CACUAUUCCAUAUCCGGUCUAGUGUGUUCCCCCUGUUCCUACUGCGUAAACCCGGCAAUUUUCCUUUGGUGGCCGAAAGAAGAUUUUGGGGAUAUUAUUGUUUUCAGGGUUUCGAAGUUCGAAAUAACUUCCAGCGUUCUCAACACCUCAUCCCGUUCCCCUGAAGCGCAGUUCUCGCUUAUAUACUUGUACAAAGUACAGUUUCAGGGUUCCAGAUACUAUUGAGUGUGUUUGCCGUUCAAUUGGCUUCUUCCAACUCCGUUUGUAUCACCUUCCUGGAAACCCAUCCAAACGCUCUUCCUCUUCCCCCUUUCCUCUCCACUCACUCUUACUACUCCAUAUCAAGCGAAAUGGCACCGUCAGCUCUCGAGGCUGAGGACCACAAGCGCGAUGCUGCUUUCAAUAAGGCUCUUCAUGGCUCAUCAGCAAAGAGACGUGGUGGCCUGGCUGCCAUGAGCGCCAAAGACCAUACGGCGCAAAAGGCCGCCGUUGAGGAGUACUUCAAACACUGGGACAAGAAAUCAUCCGCAGAAGAGACGGAAGAAAUAAGACAGGCACGAAGAGCGGAAUAUGCUACGCUUACUCGACACUACUACAAUCUUGCCACCGAUUUCUAUGAGUAUGGCUGGGGCUCAUCCUUCCAUUUCUGUCGGUUUGCCUACGGAGAGCCUUUCCGCCAGGCCAUCGCCAGACACGAACAUUACCUCGCCCACCAGAUCGGCCUUCGGGAGGACCAACUUGUUCUUGACGUGGGCUGCGGUGUUGGUGGUCCUGCCAGAGAAAUUGUCAAAUUUGCCGGUGUCAACGUCAUCGGCCUGAACAACAACGACUACCAGAUCGAUCGCGCCACCCACUACGCUGCAAAGGAGGGUCUGUCACAUAAGCUUCGCUUCACGAAGGGCGAUUUCAUGCAGAUGUCCUUCGAGCCGGAGACUUUUGACGCUGUCUAUGCCAUCGAAGCUACCGUCCAUGCCCCAUCGCUGGAGGGUGUCUAUAGCCAAAUCUACCGCGUCUUGAAACCCGGUGGCACAUUUGGUGUCUACGAAUGGGUCAUGACGGACAAGUACGACAACGACAACCCGGAGCACCGCGAGAUCCGUCUGGGGAUUGAGCAAGGUGACGGCAUCUCCAAUAUGGUCAAGGCAGAAGUUGCCCUGGCGGCCAUCAAAGCGGCUGGGUUUGAACUUGUGCACGCUGAAGAUCUAGCUGACCGGCCCGAUGACAUCCCCUGGUACUACCCGCUGGCUGGAUCAUGGAAACAUAUGUCCUCAAUGGGAGACUUUUUCACCAUUCUACGUAUGACCUGGUGGGGUCGUGCGAUCGUGCACCGUUUUGUCGGUGGGCUUGAGAAAGUUGGCAUCAUGCCUCAUGGCGCCCAGAAGACUGGUGACAGCCUGGCAUAUGCAGCUGACUGUUUGGUCAAAGGUGGUGAGAAGAAGUUGUUCACGCCCAUGUUUUUGAUGGUUGGACGCAAGCCCGAAAAUAAAAAGUAAACAUCUCGUUUAUUCUGUGGGAAUGGAUUUGAGAAAUUUGGAGUAAUGUGCGUUUGCGGAGUAGUACUUUGUUUACUCUUCUUCUAAUAUUUAACUUUCUUUCUUCUUCCUUACAUUACCCUUCUUCCGCCACCACAUCCCCUUAUUCUCACCUUGCGAGUCAUGCUUAUAUAGACAGGCCCUUACUAUGUCAUUUUCCCCACCUUCUAGACAAAGAGGGGCUAAUUAAUUCUGUAUCAUUGUAUUUCUCUGUUAUGAGGUUCUGUUCUUUUGUGUCGCAUUUUUGCUCGUCUUCACAUGUCAUUUUGCCAUUUGUUUACUUAUUUUGCUUUGAAAUGUUAAAUAUAAUAGCUCUGUACAUUGCUACCUUGGACCUAUUUCUGAGCACUGGGGGUAGAGCCCAUCUAUUUCAAGUUGACACUCCAUGGUCCAGACGCAUAUGAGCAGGGUGUCCCAGAGCGACCGGUCCAAUAUAUGCUUUCCAACUUUCCUCGGGCUAUAGAUUAUGGAUACCUUCCAACUUUUCGUUUCAUCGUCAUCUCAUCACUCUUUACGUUGAUGAAGCAAGACGACAGAUUACCUAGCACACACAACUUGAUUUACUAACCCUAUCUAACACUUCCUAACAUUACCAUUGUGUUUACGAUACCCAACAUGCACAGCUUCUCUUCCAUUUUCCAACCUAGCUCAUUCUUGCCUAUCGGAUGUCGAAGUUCUGGCCCUUGAUUUUAUUCCUCUGCUUGUACACCAAGGCCUCCCCGUCCAUCAUACCAUGCACAUAACAUUCUCC